AUGAGACUCUGGCGGAGGAGCUGCUCCAAGGUCCUCUGUGCUGUGCUCACUCUGGUAGCAGCCAACAUUUUGCUGGUGGUGUUUUACACCAAGGGGACCAUAAAGAGUUUGGUUGUGGGCAGCCUCCACAAGGAGGGGGCUGCUGUGGCCCAGAGACCCUUGCACCUGAAGAAGGAUGUGCACUCCUCACGGCUGGAAGGAGUGAAGGCCAGGUUGGCACCCAAGAAAUUCUUCCUGCAGUGGGGGAAGGGACCCUCCCAGGCUCGCCAGAAAGAGGCUCAUUACUUGUUCCUGAAAUUCGGUUACAACGCGUUCCUCAGCAAUCAGUUGCCUUUUAACAGAAGCAUCCCUGACACCCGCCAUGCCAGGUGUCUUCAGAAGACAUAUCCUGCUCAGCUCCCAUCCCUCAGUGUCAUCCUCAUCUUCCUGAAUGAAGCUCUGUCCGUCAUCCAGAGAGCUAUCACCAGCAUCAUCAACCAGACCCCUCCUCGGCUGCUGAAGGAGAUCAUCCUGGUGGAUGACUUUAGCUCCCACGGAGAACUGAAGAGAAGAUUGGAUGAGGCGAUUAUGCUUUACAACCAGAGCUAUCCAGUCCUACUGAAACUUAUAAGGCACACAAAGAGAAGAGGUCUUGCUCAAGCCCGCAACACUGGCCUGGAAGCUGCUACAGCUGAUGUAGUUGCCAUCUUGGAUGCUCACAUUGAAGUGAAUGUUGGAUGGGCUGAGCCCAUUUUGUCUCGGAUUCAGGAAGACCCCACGGUGGUCGUGUCGCCUGUGUUCGACAACAUUGAUUUCAACACCUUCGAACUGGAAAAGGUGGAACUGGCAGUGGAUGGGUUUGACUGGCAGCUGUGGUGCCGGUAUGAUCAUGUACCACGAGCCUGGCGUCAGCUGGAUGAUGUCACCGCUCCAAUGACAAGUCCUUCCAUCAUGGGUAUCCUGGCCGCCAACAGGAUCUUCUUGACAGAGAUCGGAGCUCUGGAUGGUGGAAUGCUGGUCUAUGGAGGAGAGAAUGUGGAGCUUAGCCUAAGGGUGUGGCAGUGUGGAGGGAAGAUUGAGAUCUUACCCUGCUCCCGGAUCGCUCACCUAGGGAGAUACUACAAGCCCUAUGCCAUGAACCUAGAUAUUCCCUUGCGGCGGAAUGCUCUGCGGGUGGCUGAAACCUGGAUGGACAAACACAAAUACAUGGUCUACUUGGCCUGGAACAUUCCUCUCCAGAAUUCUGGAAUCGACUAUGGAGACAUUUCUUCCAGAAAGGCACUCCGGGAGAAACUGAAAUGUAAAUCCUUUGACUGGUACCUGAAGAAUAUCUACCCACUCCUGAAGCCAAUCCCCAACAUCAUCUGCUAUGGAAGAAUGAAAAAUUCACUGGAUGGAAGUGUUUGCCUGGACCGAGGACCUGUUCCAGGCAACUCUCCCAACAUGAAACCUUGCCGUGAGCUCAGUGAACAGAAUGUGUACUACCUCCUUUCUGGAGAAUUCUAUGUGGGGGAACUAAUUGCAAAAGAAGACGUCAAUGAGCAAUACUGCCUGACAGACUCUGGCCGUGGAGAAAAGCCCACAUUAGAGCUGUGCUCCGAGGCAGCGAAAAGAGGAGCGUACAUCUACUGGGACUUUCAGCAGGGAAAAUCCAUCAAAAACAAGGACACCGCACGGUGUCUGGAGAUCAAGAGAGACCCCUCAGGUACCUACAGGCUUGUGUUAGAGAACUGUACCCAACAAACAUGGAAAAUACAGCAUAUAGGCAGAAACUGGGGCUACUCAUAGCCAGCGAGCCCCAGAGAUUUGGAUUUGGAGGGCCCCGUUCCUCAGGCUGGAAUGGUGUCUAGCCACAGCGCUUUCAUACUGGGAGAGGAUGAGAGACAGAUGUGUGUUUGUCUACUGUGACUUCAGCAUGCAGCUCACAGAGGGGAGGCUUGAGCACAUGUCAAGAGUGUCUGCUGGGGAGAGUGGCGGAAACUCUGAAACCUCGUCCCCAGCUUGCCUCGAGAGAUCGUGAUAUGCAUCAAGCGCCAUUCUGGGAACCUUCUCAAAAUAGCCAGCAUCAUCUGGUUGCACUGUGUAGACAGUGAGAGGGAUGAACGUUUAUCUUUGAUUUCCACCAACGCUGUUUAGCCUUCAUUCCGACAGCUACUACCACCACCUGUCCCACACCUCCCCCCGGUCAUCUGCUCCCCUCCCUAGACAGUGGGCUGGGCCACGUGACAGGCUGGAUACUCUUCAUAAGUCUGACAGCUACCCAGGUGGCCUCAGUUCCCUCCCUGUCUGGACUGUCCCAAAAGAGACUUUCUCAAAUCCCUCUACCACAUCCUCAGUGUAGGUGCCUCUGGAUGGCUCGUCUCUCCCACUGCGGCAAGGUCACAUAGGAGGAGGAGGAUCCUGUGUGUGUGCUGUAGGCUCCCAGAGUCUUCUGCAGAGCAGCCAAAGACAGAGUAGCCUCAGAUGCAUGGAAAAGCAUGUGACUCCAUUCCCAGUGGGGCGCCGGCUGAAGGUGCACAGAGGUAACUUUCCACUCAAGUUGGUGAACGACAAAUAGUACACAGCACAUUCUGUGGGCAGGGAUGUGGGAAACAGGUCAUCUCACACAUCCGAGACAGGGUUUCAAACUGGUGCCAGCUUCCCGGUGGGCUAAUUGGCAAGAUCUAAAAAUAGUAUAUGUGCAUUUUCUCUUUAUGCCAAGAAUUCCACCUCUAGAAAUUUACCUCCAAAAUUAUGAAUUUGGACUGCCAAGACAGCUCAGAGGGUAAAGGCAUUUGCUGCCACGUUGACAACUUCAGUUUGUUUCCAGGAAGCUACACAGUGGAAGGAGAAAACUGAUUUCUAAAAGUUGUCCUAUGACCCAUCCACACAUGUGCGUACACACAAAAAUACUAGAUGCAGCAGACAUACGUGAGAUAUAAGAACAAAUGUAAAGGAAAAAGAGCAAGAAAAUAUUCAUGCACAAAGUAAUCCCUUGUAGUAUUGAUUCUGAGUAAAAAAUGUUGUGGGUGAACUACAUGCUUGAACAUCAGAGUAGUCAGAGACAUCCAUGCAGGGGGCUGGCUGUACAGCUGUGAACGCCAGCAUGCCACAUCUGUGACUGAUACGGAGGCAGGAGCAGUGUACCUUGUUAAGUCAACAAAAGAAAAAGAAGUGUGUCCUGCAGAUAUCUUUUGGUAAAAAUGAAGGGGUGUGUGUGGUGUUCAUUUCUACACAACAAAAACAAAACAAAGAAGUCUAAAGCUGGAUGUGGAGGCUCCUAAUUGUAAUCCCAGCACCCUAGAGGGUGAGACAGGAGGAUUGUGAGUUUGAAGCCAGUUUGAGCUAUGCAGCAAGAUCUUAUACAGAAGAGAAUGGGGAGAAAAAACAAACUAAGAAGACUGAGGGAGAAACUAAUGAGAUGGUGGUCACGAUGGUGGCUGGGAAUAGGGUGUGAAGGACCGGGGCUAGAAACAGGGUAGAAGGCAUGUGUGUCCAGGGCAGCACUCCUCUAAGUAGAUGCUUAUGUAGCUUUGACAUUUAGAGCAAUGUUUCAAAAUUACAUUUUCAAAAUUAAAUCACA